UCGAACUCACUGAGGAAGUGAUGUAGGAAUUAAAGAGUCAGGGAGGGAUGUAGGGGUCACAGACAGAGACAGACAAGGUCUCUGCCAUCCCAGUUUGACUCCCUGUCUCUUCCCGCACCCAAAACCCAGGAAACGCUGCGGACAGCCCUGGCAAUGGGAGCAGACCGGGGGAUCCAUGUGGAGGUGACGGGUCCGGAUUACGAGCGCCUGGGGCCCCUCCAGGUCUCCAAAGUUGUGGCAGCUCUGGCGAAGAAGGAGAAAGUGGACCUCAUUCUGAUGGGCAAGCAGGCAAUCGAUGAUGAUUGUAACCAGACUGGUCAGAUGACAGCCGCUCUUCUUGAUUGGCCACAGGGCACAUUUGCAUCGGAGGUGAAGGUGGAGGAUGGGCAACUGGAGGUGGUGAGGGAGGUGGAUGGGGGACUGGAGACAGUAUCCCUGCGGCUCCCUGCCGUGCUCACCUCAGACCUCCGACUCAACGAGCCGAGAUACGCCACACUGCCCAACAUCAUGGUGAGCCCCUCUCUUUCACCCUGCGUCCCUCACUCUCAGCCACUCUUCAUCACUCCCUCCUCCCUCACUGUCUCACCGGUCUCUCCCUACUCUGUCUCAGCAAGCCGAGACUACAACAGCAUGCUGAUCCUUUCCAUGGCUCGUCAUCGAGAACACUGUAGUAAAUGUAAAUACACAGGACUGACUGUGUAGAUCGAUCGAUUGCAU